AGCGGCAAGAACAAGACUACAUCUUGCAGUUUAUUCUUCUUGUUGUUCAAUAUUCCUCGUCUAGUUCACCUUUUCUUCCCUUCCUAGUAUGUGUUUAUAGAAAUAACUAGCUUCAUACAGGUCUGGGAAUGCCUGUUAUCCAUUUUGCCGUCCAUCCUUUGCCGGUAACGGUGGAUGAGCUCCACGAAAGACUUAAAGAGGUCGCCGAGUCUAAAGGAAAAGCUGGCCAUUUAAGUCCUGCUGUAGUGCAGAUUCUAAAGGAUUAUGUUAUCAAAGAAAUUGUUGUGGGUCCCCAACAUGUGGCCUUUUUACUUGAGGAUGGACAGAUUUGCAGGAUUCCUUUUACCCUUCAUGCAGAUAAACUAGACUUUGGUACCAGAGAACCUCCACUUGAAGAGGAACCAGCUAGCCCUGCUGCUAGAUCAACAUCACAAGUUGUUCUUCAUUCAGUAGGUGGUUCUAGAGGUCAGGGUGAUGGAUCAUGGGUGUUAUCAUCAGGAGAAGGGUUGAGUGGCCUGACUGGACAUCCCGUCAGAUGGGGGUCUGGUCACUCUGCAGUAGCCAUGCGUGCUUCUAACCGUCCCUCCAGCCGUGGCUGUGGGCGUGUAGUCAGAAGAGGUGCUGGGCGUGGUGGAGGCAGUGGUUGGGUGCUAGGUUCAAGAGCUGUUGUACCUGCUUCUGCUGUUCCUGAAGAACUUGUUAGUCAGGCCCAAGUUGUGUUACAGGGCAAGUCAAGAGCUGCCAUUAUCAGAGAACUCCAAAGAACUAAUUUGGAUGUAAAUUUAGCUGUCAACAAUCUUCUAAGCCGAGAUGAAGAAGAGGGAGAUGACCAGGAAGAGAGUUCAGAGUACUUGCCUGGGGAUGAUUUGAUGUCGAUACUUGAUGCAGGUGUUCACGUAGAAGACCCUUCUCUCAUCAUUGACCAAGAAGCUAUUUUCCAUGACGAUAUGUUCUACAGUCAACAGUACAGUAGUCUUCACAGACGCACACCCAGUGGAGGGCGUGGCAGCAGAACAACAGCAGCAGCAGCUGCAGACAGGGAUGCACCAGCUGAGCGUGAGUUUGAUCGUCCAAGAGAAAGAGAGUCCCUCAGUCGUGACCAGUUUGAUCGAUGGUGGGGCAAUGUUCAUUUAUGUGGGGGUGAAUCAGGGAGCAGUGGUCGACCAAGUAAAGCUUCUGCUCAAGAAAAGAAUGUUACAACUGCAAGGAAUCCUGCCUGUGAUCCUGUGACUGUGCAUGACCAACUCCAGUGGUGGCCAUCAAUGGAUGAUCAGAUGCCCAGAUUUCUUCACAUUGCAUCCUUGUAUUCAGAGAUGGUUGCUAUAGGAAUAGAUGGACGGCUUUACCAGUGGCGCUGGAGUGAUCCUAUGCCUUACGCUGGUGACUGUACCUCAGGGGGAUCAACAGUUUUCCAUCCACGUACAAGGUCUUUAGGUCUGGCAGAUGAGAAAGUUGUUGCUAUUUCAGCGUCUACUAUAAGAGCAUCUGCUUUGACUGAAACAGGAAAGGUUGCAAGCUGGAUUGAUGAGACACUGGCUUCUGUUGCUGGUAAACUUGAGCACACUGCACAGAAUUUUAAUGAAGUUACAACAGAGAAGAUUACAGCCAUUCACACCUGCUCCCUUUACACUUGUGCACAGACUGCUACAGGAGCUCUGCUUUGGUGGGGAGUUUUACCUUUCCAACAAAGAAAAAAGCUGCUUGAGAAAGCAAGAGCACGUGCAAGAAGGAACAGGACAACUUUUACCAGCUGUAUAGUACCAGGUGUACAGGUUUGUAUGCGUAGCUGUCCACUCUACCAUCCUGGAUCCGUUGGUUUUAAUAUCUCUACUGGGGUCCCUCGUGUGGGGUACCUCAUGGAAUCGGCAUGGAAUCUUGAGGAAAAGUGUCGUUUUAGAGUGUCACCCCAACCUGGGGUACCAAGCGGGAGAACUGUUGAGGAGAGGUCGUCAAAUGAGACUGAUAUGCCGACUAUCUUGGGCCUAAAACGCAAGAAGGAUUCACUACCAGAGACUAUAGACAGAUCCAUAGAGGAGUGGGAACUCAAGAACGUGAUAUUUGUAGAAGACAAGCAAAACAUUCCAGUGGGAAAAGUCUUGAAGGUUGAUGGAGCAUAUGCCAUUGUACGUUUUCCAUACAAAAGUGGAUCCACCCACCCAGCCAUGCCCUCAUCAGCUGAAUCAGUAGAUGAAGUACAACAGCUUCUACAAGAUACUAGAAUACUGCGUAAAGAUGAGCUUCAGUUGGUGAAAUCAUCUGCUGCCAAUAAGAUUCCAGACUGUAUACAGCGUACACCUAAAUUACUGUCCAUCCCUGUGGGAUCUAAAGCUCUUUCAGUUGCUGUUAAUUGUAAAGGUGUUCACGUGUUAUUAAAGUCUUCUAGUAGCGUCCGCUAUGCUCUGUACAGUUUAGCGUCCAGUAAACCAGAAGCAGGUGGAACCAUGCCGGCUGACUGCUCUACCUUCCUCAGCCAAACUGGAUCUAGAGACAUCAAACUGAGAUCCACUGGAUGCGAUUCACUACUCAUGAUGACAGACCCCAAUGGGACACUGUUUCCCUUGUGUAGAAACUUUAUUGGAUCCAUCAAGGACCCUACAUGGAUAGAUAUUCCACCACUUCAGUGUCUUGGUGUUGGUGUCACCUCACUUCGGCCAGGAACAGAGUGCAAGUCCAGGGCUAUAGUUGUUGUCAUGGCAAUGGAGCCCCAGAAACUGAUGUCUUAUGUACUUGACUGUGAUUAUGAAGGGAUUCAGAACUUUCUUGAAUUAAUGGGCAGUUCUGCAGCCAGUACGAAUAGCCUCCUAGACCUGGCCCUCAAAGAACGCUGUGAUGGCAACCGCAACAUCCUUCACGCAUGUGUCUCCAUGUGCUUCCCUACCUUGGCUCACGAACCAGGAGAAGCCACCAAGCCUUCCAGCUCUGGAGGUACUGGACCUGGUGUAGGCAGUAAGCUUGAGUCUUUCAAGGGGGUAGUAGAUGCCUUGGCUGCAGCUGUAGCAGCUGCCUCUGCUGCUGUGCGUCAGAGUAGCAGCUUGGCUGCGGAAUGCUGCUUAGCUGAUUCUGUCAAUGAUACUCCAGCAAGCUCAGCUCCUACUACGUCAUCCCAAGGCACCAGCUCUACAAGCAGGAUUGGUGUCCGUGAGAUGAUGCAAAGAGCAGUGUCAGCAGCAAGGUCAGCAUCAUCUACCUUAGCAGGUCUUGAGGCAGAGGAGGAGACAGCACCCAUCCCGACUCUACACUGGCCUCCCGAUCCACCAAAUGAAUCCCGCUCCUCUAUACAAAGGGUUGUGCAAUCAUUAGAAAAUAGUAGUGAAGCAAAUGAAGAUGAUCCAUCUCCAUUACCACCACCCACUACAUCAGCAGCAGCACCACCACCCACAGAUGAACCCCUUACCAAACAGGCCAAGGCUCUUAGAUGUUUGAACUUGCUGUGUGGGAGUCCUGUGCUGCAGCCUUACUUAAUGCAGCUCAUGUCAGCAAAGAAUGCUAAUGGCGAUACUCCAUUCAUGGCAGCAGUUAAAGCCCGAGCGUACAAGGCUGGACUAAGUCUUUUUGCCACAGCCAAACUAGUAUCCACCAAUGAAAACGUCAUAUUUGAUAGGAACGUUUUCAUGUCCAUGAUCUGUCCACCUGACAGUCACGCCGAUGCGUCUCCCUUACAUGUGCUCUGCUGUAACGACACGUGCUCCUUCACGUGGACAGGGACGGAGCAUAUUAAUCAAGAUAUUUUUGAGUGCCGUACUUGUGGACUGACGGGAUCCCUGUGUUGUUGUACUGAAUGUGCCAGGGUUUGUCACCGAGGACAUGACUGCAAGCUCAAAAGAACUUCACCAACGGCCUACUGUGACUGCUGGGAAAAAUGCAAGUGCAAAGCUUUGAUCCCAGGCUCUCAGAUCGCAAGAGGACAGCUAUUAACCAAGUUAAUCAGCGAAACAGACCUGGUUACCAAACCCAACGCCAGAGGCGAGCACCUUCUGCUCUUCCUGUCCCAGAUGGUAGCCAGGCAGGCCGUAGAACAAUGCCAACACCGUCCUCAUCGAUCAUCAGAUUCCCGCUCCAAAGCCAAGGCCAAGAGCUUAGGUGCUACUGCCACGCCCUUACCAGAACAUGACUUGGAGCCACCGAGAUUUGCGCGCAAAGCAUUGGAGCAGAUUAUGCAGGAUUGGAGGGCAGUUAAGGCUAUGGUGAUGGAUGGGUGUAAACCCAUGGACUCAAGGCGUGGUGGCCAGGAAAUGCAUAUUGAUUUCACCUCAGCAGCAAUGUUGUCCAGUACAGAACAGGAAAAGUAUCUGUCUGGUCAGGAUUGUGCUGUACGUCUAGAUGCUUUCACUCAUUGCCUGAUUGCCAAGUGUACCACCGAGGUACUUGACCACAUUCUCGGCACUUUAGUCAAUGCUGUCAAGAAUUCAUCCAAUUCUCACGAUUCAGAGGAAGCAACUGUUGCUAAGCGCUUCGUGCGCUCCGUUACUCGGGUAUUCAUCGUAUUGGCGUCGGAAAUGGCUCCAGCCACAGGCAAACGAAAGGCGAGCUUUGUCCAACCACUCAUCAAAUGCCGUCGUGUAUUUCAAGCCCUCAACAUCCUCGCCAUCCCUGAGCUGGUCCAGGCUGCUGACUCCCUACUCGCACCAGUCCGCCUCGGUGUCUGUCGUCCAGCCCAACCAUUCUCUCUCGUCUCGUCAACACUCGUAGCCACCCAAGCUAGUGAAGAGAUCUUUUCUGUAGAGCCGCUGCCUUUGAAAUCUGCAUCGUCAACUGAAGAGUCAAGUUCUAAUGAAAGAGCCGCUGGUCACAGACAUCGUGGACAGCGGCAUCGAAGGCGCCAAGUACGCCAAGCUGGGAGUGAUCAGCCACCCCACGGUGGUGGGGGUGGGGGAGCUACUGUGGCAGGAACUGGUGGUGUGGACACUGAAAUGGUUGAGGUUGUUGAGUGCGUAGACGUUGGAUCUGAAAUGCAAGAAGAACGCGAAGAGGCUGGUGACGAGGAACUCGAGAGUGGCGUCGCUGGUAACGAGUCAGACAUGGACCUAGACCUCUUGGCCGAGAGUGAAAGCGAUAGUGACGACAGCAACGUGGGGGAGGUAGAAAGUACAGUGAGGCGUAUCCGAGUACCGGGGUCCAUUAUAGGCUCCGAUAGUGCUAGUCUCGGCGAUCAGGGAGAGUUCUGCUCAGAAGACGAAUCGUCUACAGGAGAAGAUGACGAGGAAGAAGAAGAGGAAGACGGCGAUGAGAGGGAGAGGGAUGAAAAUGAUGGCGCUCAAGUGGAGACAACGGAGAGCACCAGUCGUAAUGCCUCAGCUGCAGAUUCCCGCACCACCCCCCACGCGAUGCAAUGGGCCAUACGAAAUAACCAGCCUCGUAACACCACCACUACAGGUCUGGCUAGUGGCCAUUCAGUGACUACCUCAGGGUUUAUAUACGUAGAUUCAUCUACUAUAAGACGCAGUGCCGCGGGAAAUGGAGCGGCAGCUAGUACUACCGCAAAUGAGUUGAACAGCAGUAGUUCUAACGAACGUAUGGGGAAUGCUAGCAGUGCACUUGCUAGGGCUUUUGGUAUUGUAGUCAGAGAGAUAACAGAUCUUCUGAUCUUCGCUCACGAUCCUUCAUCACUACCAAUCAUCCCUUCCCUUACCCCACCCCCCACAACACUUCAAGACUGUUGCACCGUGGUGGACCGAGGACUACAGCCUUGCUGGGAUUGGUUGGAGACAGUGAUGGAUUGCACGGAGUCGCAGUUACGGUUUGGUUUAUCACUGUCAUCUGCUACAGACUCUACCCACCCCUCCCAUCCUCUGCACGAGACUCACCAGAAGGCGGCCAGUAGAGAUAGACGAACACGUGAAGAUGCUGCGUUACUGAGGUCUUGGGAGAAUAAAAGGAGAAGGAGGCAUACCACAGCUAGUGUUGGUACACCAGACGUUGGUCGACAAGACUUUCUUCUCUACCUGCUAUCGUUACUACGAGGACAGUGCAACGAGCACGGUGACACCCUACCCAAGCUAGACGUAUCUUCCCUCCGCCAUGUUGCUUAUGUCAUGGACGCUCUCAUCUACUACUUACGUAACAACCCAAGGGCGGUAUCCCACGCGAAUAAAUCCAGUAUCGAUACGACCAAACCUGCAGCCAUAGUAGAAACGGUGAAUGAUGAGGAAGGGAGUGAUGAUAUUGAUGAUGAAGAUAGUAGUAGUUUACGCCGUGAUGAUGAAUAUGAUGAUGAUACUGAACCAGUUGAUGAUGAGCCAAUGCCGACACCAACCACGGGGACUCUGCAUCAGUUCUUCGUACGUACCGACUCUACCACCGUGCUAGGCUGCGAACCUCCCGACCCCUUCCAUGCCCCUAUAGAAGAAGCCCUGCCUCUUGCCUGCCAGCCUCAUCUACUUCACCCUAGUGCUCGUAGGGAGCAACUCUUCGGGACCGGAUCGGAGAAGAAUGCUUCUAUGAAGGGGAAAGAUAGUACACGAACUAUGGCUUUGUCUAGACCUGAUGUAACUUUAGCAUCGGUAGAACAAGAGGAAGCUGCUGCUGAAACGCGGCCGCAGAAAGACCAAGAACAUAAAGAUAAAGAAGAUGGCAGCCUUAAUCUAUCUGCACCCUCUUCAAGCCAGUCCCAGGCCUUAUCCAUACCUCGGCCAUUCAUAACGGGUGGUACACCAGCUAACUCGUUACUAGGUCGCUGGAGGCUUUGCGUGGAGUUGUUUGGCCGUUUGUUCCUUGAGGAUGUUGGGGCUGAGCCGUCGUCUGUGUUGGGAGAACUGGGCCGAUUUGACGUCAAUGAGACGAAAUUUAGAAGAGAAAUGGAACGAUUGCGGAACUCAGCUCAGAGAGAUUUGACUAUCGAGGUCGAACGUGGUCGUACAACUAUCAUCCAGCAAGCAGUACGGCAGCUGAAUACUCAGUUUAGUCGACGUGGUCCUAACUCUCGUCCAAUGACAAUACACCGUGUGAAGGUGUCAUUCAAAGACGAACCAGGCGAGGGAAGCGGGGUGGCACGUAGCUUUUAUACCGCAUUGAGUGAAGCUUUGUUAUCUGGGGAAAAACUACCAGCCAUGGACAUGAAUAGAAGUGAGUAUCGAAAUACAAUAGCUCAACGUCUUCGUCGCGCAACAUAUCGCUAUAAACGUGACCGUGAUCGUGAUCGUGAAGCGCGUCGACGUCUGUCAACAGACGCUAGACCAUUUCACUUUAGUGGCAACACAGAGGAUAACGAUGGGGAUGGUGAAUCCCUACCCUACCAUAGACAAUCUUUAGGGGAGCGACUCUAUCCAAGAGUACAUGCGUUGCAACCGAAUCUUGCAAGUAAGAUCACGGGGAUGUUACUGGAACUGUCUCCAGCACAACUCCUUCUGCUAUUAGCCAGUGAAGAUACGUUGAGACAACGUGUUGAAGAUGCCGUGGAUGUGCUGCUAAGCAACGGAAAGAAAGGAUCAGCUAAUAAAGAUCAAGAUGGCGAGACAGCAGGCAAUUCCAGCCUGGAUGGAGAAGAAAACAAUGAGGAUUUUACACCGUUAUUCUAUCAGCCUGGUAAGGUUGGUUACUAUUCACCCAGACCAGGACUCUGGACUGAAGAACGACUCAACUGUUAUAGAAACGUUGGAAGAAUUGUUGGACUUUGUCUCCUCCACAAUGAAGUGUGUCCCAUGUCUUUCAACAGACACGUGAUCAAAUACAUACUUGGACGUAGGAUUGGCUGGCAUGACUUAGCAUUUUUCGAUUCCAUGUUAUACGAGAGUUUACGACAGCUUCUCGUAACAGCCGAAGCUCCAGAUGCAGAAGAAAAGUUCCAAUCCCUUGACUUGACCUUCACGAUACAACUGACCCCAGAAGAAGGAGGCUCUGUUGUUGACCUGAUGAAACUAGGCAGGAACGCAGCAGUGACGCCAAGCACUGUACAGGAAUAUGUUCGACUAUAUGCUGAUUAUAAGAUGGUCACAAGUACCAAGAAAGCUUUGCAGAGUAUUCGUGAUGGUGUACUGGAUGUUAUCCCAUCAUCAUCACUCGAUAACCUAACACCAGAGGACUUCAGGUUGUUAUUGAAUGGCUGUGGUGAGAUCAGUGUACAACAGUUGAUGAACUAUACCUCAUUUAACGAUGAGACAGGGGGUGCUGGUGCUGAAAAACUCUUGAAGUUCAAGAAGUGGUUCUGGUCGAUAGUUGAGAAGAUGAGCAACAGUGAACGACAAGAUAUGGUAUAUUUCUGGACAUCCAGCCCCGCCCUUCCCGCCAGUGAAGAAGGAUUUCAACCCAAGCCAUCGGUCACAGUCAAACCUGCUCAUGACCAUCAAUUGCCUACAGCCAACACGUGUAUUUCUAGACUGUACAUCCCACUGUAUUCCUCUAGGGCUAUCCUGAAGAGUAAACUACUGCUAGCUAUCAAGACAAAGACCUUCGGCUUCGUUUAACAAAGAACCGAACUUUUCUGAUUGCGCAUGCGCAUCCCAAGUCCAUUUGCCAGACCUUUUAUGUAUCGCACACUAGCGAUGUUUGAUUUAAUACUGAGGUCUAGCUUCUCUUUUGCGAAUCGUAAUGGUGUACUGAACGUUAUUGAAAUUACCAGAAAGAGCAUUUCUUUCAACAUGAUCAUGUUUCAGUUUCGAAUCACAUUAUGGCACUCUCUCUAGUCCACAACUAUCCUAAACUUGGAUUUUGCCAGGGAAAYAUUAGGUGAGAGUGUACCCAUGAUACUAGAGCCUCUCUUGGUAUUGCUCUUUGCUAUCAGAUAAAAUAUCCCGGUUAAACCCAACUGGCUUUACUCUUCUUAAAUGAGAUUGUCUAUCACCAUGUCAAGACAUUUCAAGCGAACAUCCAAGUUGCAAGUCGUGAAGAGAAAUGGUGUUUCAUAUUUUACCGUUCAAUUCCAACCUCCAUUUCCAGGCAAUGUUUUAAAGUUAUUUUGAAGUGACUGUGAGAAAUUCUCUCAAAAACAGAGACGCAGAAUGCAAUCUUGUGCUGAGCAUGCGUCCCUAAUAUCUGCUGACCACAAGGAAUGUAGGCUCUAAGGACGAGAUUGAACAGAAUUCUGCAAGGGAUGUUGUUCUAUACGUAUGUACAGUGCAUCAUGGAACUAUAACAUUCUGAAUCCAAUGGGCGAGAAAUAACAGUGUUGAAAUGCGAUAUAUAUAAUUUCAAAGGAAAUCUAUCGUAUUAGUAUUUUUUUUUUCAAAU